AAUGGAUCAUAAUUUCUUCACCCAAGAUAUUUUUGUCGUGAUGGGCAACUUGUGCAUAAACAAUUUGGUUGACAAUUAGAUAACGCACAAAUAUCAAUACUCUAAUGACUACCAGCCGCCAUUGCAGGUUGCAGCAGCUAAAUUAUAUUUGUACUUAUAAUCCCUAUAAUUUCAACUGCAAAAGGAUUGCAUUUUGUUCUUCACGGAUCUGCUUCAAUUCUCUGAAAUCUGCAUAAUAGAACUGGUCAAAUAGAUGGAAGGAGAGUGCAGCAUUGCAAAUGAUGUGACUGAGCUGGUGGGAAACACACCUAUGGUUUAUCUUAAUCAUGUGUUAGAGGGCUGUGUAGCACGCGUUGCAGCCAAGCUUGAAAUGAUGGAACCAUUUUCUAGUGUCAAAGAUAGGAUAGCAGUUAGUAUGAUCAAAGAUGCUGAAGAAAAGGGUCUAAUUUCCCCCAAAAAGACAAUUCUCAUAGAAGUGACAAGUGGUAAUACUGGUAUUGGAUUGGCGUUUGUUGCUGCUGCUAAGGGCUAUAAGCUUAUCAUUGUUAUGCCUUCGUAUGUGAGUCUUGAGCGACGAACAAUUCUUCUAGCCUUGGGAGUGGAAUUGCACCUCAUGGGCCCAACAUCCACCUUUCCUGACUUCUACAAGAAAGCUAGGGAAUUACUGGAAAAAACACCAGGCGGUUAUUGGAUUAAUCAAUUUGAAAAUCCUGCGAAUCCAAAGAUUCAUUAUGAGACAACAGGGCCAGAGAUUUGGCGAGCCACGGAAGGCCAAGUGGAUGCGUUUGUCGCUGGCAUUGGGACUGCUGGUACCAUUACUGGGACAGGGAAAUUUCUUAAAGAGAAGAAUUCUAACAUUAAGGUAUAUGGAGUAGAGCCAACUGAAAGUGCAAUCUUAAAUGGAGAAAAACCUGGGAAGCACAAAAUCCAAGGAAUUGGUGCUGGUGUUGUCCCUCCACUAUUGGACUUUGAUAUAAUUGAGGAAGUUAUGAAGAUAUCAAGUGAAGAAGCCAUUGCAACUGCGAAGCUUCUUGCAUUGAAAGAAGGUUUGCUGGUCGGGAUAUCAUCUGGAGCUGCUGUCGCUGCUGCUGUUAAAUUAGCUAAAAAGCCCGAAUUUUCUGGAAAACUGAUUGUUGUAAGUAAAACACCUUUGAUUUGAUAUAGGUAAUAUCUGUUACUUCAAAAAAUACUCCCCAGUUUAGGUGGAAUAAUUUCUGUACCACUUGUGUUUUGUUAGUCCUACAUAAACACGUCCAUUAUAACCCCAUUUUCGUUUAUUAAAUUGACAAUGUGGUUAUCAUCCGGUUAGAAUGAUAACUUAGCUCAUCUCCUAGAGGUUGCUUCGUUGAAGAUGGCAUUAUCAUCUUUCAUACUCUGCCCCCGGUUUAUAGUUCAUUUGAAAGACCUUGAAGUGUUUAUCAAAUAAGUGCAUUGCUUCUCCGUUGGAUAGAUUUUUUGGAUAAAUUGACAGUUAUCUACAUUCAUAGUACCACUUCUCUUGAGAUCACUUUUCUCAUCGCUAAUGUCUUGGACUUAUCGGGGUAUUCAAGGAAUGAUUCCUCUGAGCCACUGAUAUCACCAGGAUCAGAAGUAGAGUUUUCAUCAAUCAUCAACAAAUUAACUCUAUUUCUCUUAAACUCUAGCUUUAAUACUUUGAAAAAGAGAAACGGCUCGCUCUUGUCUCAGUUGGAUCAUGUAUCACUUUUCCUAGAAGAAACCUGGGUUUGAUGCUCACUGCCCUCUUCACUAGCCCAUCCCCUUUUCUUUGCGUACCCUGUACUCAAAGUUUUGAAAAAAAUACAUUAUAAAAAACAAUUUAGAGCAACCAUCACCUAACUUAGCCCAUUCCAAUGCCUUCUGCCUCAAAAAAGGGUCGAUCUCACAUUUAACUUUCCACCAAGAAUCAAAUGCAACCUUCUUCACGUGGGACGAUUGGGUAAUGAAAUAUUAUUGUUGUUGUUGGAAAUCAGUAGUCUGCAAGUGGUACAAUGUCGAAAAAACAUAUUGUUUAUCUUAGUUGGGUGUUGGACUCAUUCUGAUGUAUGCAAAAAAUAGUAUGACUUAGGAUGAGUUGUUGAUUUGAUUGUAAAUGAGGAGUGGGAUGAAAGGAAACAACAAUGUAAAACUGUUCAUCCCAACCAAAACAAUUAUAUAUGUGAAAAACCUUUUUUAAAUUA